AUGAAGUCCCUUCUGCCCCAGCGGUGCCUGCGCCUAGGAGGAGUCUGGGGGCCUUCCGUGUUGGUGUGGCUUGGGGGGUUUCCGGAACUGCUCACGGGGCCCCCUCGAGGGGGCUUUUUGGGGCAGACGCAUCCUUCCAAACCGGAGAUGAGGGGCAGGGCCCUGGGGUGGGGCAGGCACCGAAUGCAGCAGAGCAGCCAGAGGCGGCUCGUGCACAUGCGCAUGGUGCUCCCCAGAGCACGCGUCACCACGUGCCUCGCCAGGGACAUGGCCUGCCUGUCACGGGGCAGCCCCACACAGCGUGUGCCCAGCGACAGACGUGUGCGUCAGACCACAGCGGACAGCAGCCGCAACAGAUCUGCAAGAAGACAUCAGACUCAGCCCCCAGCAGCUGGGGACGCCGGCCCACCUCACGCCCUGCUCCUCUGGGAAUCAGCUCCCGCCGGAGCCACGUGA